UUCUGCACAACGAUAAUAUAAGACAAUAUUUAAGAAAAAUGUCUACAGCAGUACAAAUCUUGAUUUUCAACCAAUUAAAUUAUCAUCUGAUGAUGAUUAAGUUAGGUUUAUUACAGUGUCACAAUUUCCAUUCAUGUCCUGGUCCCACCCUCGUUUUAAUCCUCUGCUGGUUACAAUAAAUAAGUGAUAUCCAAGAAGCGCAGGGAGGACUGGUCUGUCCAGUUUGUUCUGUCUGUCUGCAGGUGUUGCUAAACUUAGUUUGGAAAUGACAGCUUCUCAGUACAGACUUCAGCUGUGACCGGACUACAACGCAGAGCUGUCUCUUCACACGAACACACAGAAGCCACCAUGUCGUCCAAGAUGGUCAUCAGGCAGCCUCAGCCUGUGAUGGAUAACCAAGACUCUGAAGAGUGGGGAUCUGGGAUUUGUGACUGCUGUCAAAACGUGCCAGAGUGUUGUUUCGCUUUCUGGUGCUUUCCAUGCUUCGCCUGUAUAACUUCCAAGAAAUAUGGCCAAUGUCUCUGUCUCCCCCUGCUGGACAUCGGCUGCAUCCCUCCCAUCACCAUGUCCAUGAGGGUCUCCAUGCGGCAGCGCUACGGCAUCAAAGACACCAUGUGUAGGGACUGUGUGUACGCCUCCUUCUGUAUGCCCUGCACCUGGUGUCAGAUGUCCAGAGAGAUGGAGAGACGAGACCUCCAAGUCGUUCUAGUCAGUGCCAAGAACACAUGACCCCGUCACCUCCACUAGGGCUGUCAUAAACCACCACACUGUAGACUGGAGUCCUUUGAGAGAGACUGAGAGAGAAAAAAAUCACUGACUGAAAACUCUCACCAUAAAUGUGUGCCUAUAGGAUUAAUGUAUAACCCUUCAUGAGCAUUUAUCAACUAAUGAAUUCCCUGGCCUGGGAUUCAGAAGUUUUGUAUAAUAGUUUACCAUGUAAUUUUCUUUCUGUUAAUUUUUUGGUUCUGUAAUCACACCCACACUUAUUAUCGGACAACCUACUUUUUAGAUGUUGUAUAGGCUUUUUAUUAUUAAUAUUUAAUUUGUAAUUAUUGGUAUUACUAUUUGUUACAAUUUAUCAAACAGGAACAUCUUAAA